UUGUCCACAUUUCAACGAGCGAAAUUGUGACUUGACAUGGAUUUAAUGUUGCAACAUUUGUCCGCAGUAAAGGCAGCAGACUAUUUAGUUUACAAAUUUUGAUCUCACUAAAAUCGCUGCCUGAACGUUCAUUCAUAAAGUACCACUCAGGCUUUCAAACUGCUUGUGGUUCAGAUGAAUAGAUGCCUGAAUGCUAGCUAAAUUUAAGUACAAAUACAAAGGAUGAGAAACGUCUUAUUGCUGUCACUGUUCUUAAUGAACAUCCAGCGUGUAUCAGCUUCCAAAGGAGUCUCUGCCAGUCUGAAAGCCAAGUGGAGCAUGACGCCUUUUCUUUUGGAGACAAGUGAGUUCAUUGGAGAAGAUGGGAAUGAGAAAUUCUGGCAGUUUGUUGAAACUGUUAAAGAGUUGACAGUGUACAAGAAUGGAGAGUCAGUGCGAUCAUAUUACAACUUGAUCAUCAAGAAGGCUGGCCAGUUUCAGACAGAUCUUCAAGUCAGUCUCUUGAGAUUUGCUCUGUCUCUGAGGGCCUACUCUCCAGCAGUCUUUGCAUCCCAGCAGAUUGCCAGUGAUGAGCCGCCGCCCAAGGCUUGCCCUGCCUUUGUGUCUAUCCAUGGUCAACAAAGCUGUAGCACCAAGGACAUGAAGAAACUCCUGAAGGCUGCUGCACGCCGGCCUAAGCCAUACAUAUACAAGCAUGAUCACAGAUACCCAGGACUCAACAAGACUGAAGUCCCAGUGGUGAUUUUGUAUGCAGAAAUUGGCACUGGGAAGUUCAACUCCUUCCACAAGGUCCUGUCUGAGAAGGCUGUGGAGGGCUCUCUCCUGUAUGUUCUCCGUCACUACGUAGCGGAUCCGAAGCCUCAACACAUGCUUUUGUCUGGAUAUGGUGUUGAACUGGCCAUUAAAAGCACUGAAUAUAAAGCUGUGGAUGACACCAAAGUGAAAGAUUCAAAAGUGGCUGUAAACACAGAGGAGGAGGACUUUGAUGAAGUCCAAGGAUUCCUUUUUGGAAAAUUAAAGAAGUCCCACCCGGAGCUUCAGGAGCAGCUUGGGGAGCUCCGGAAGCAUCUUCUGGAGAGCACCAACGAUAUGGCCCCCCUCAAAGUGUGGGAACUGCAAGAUCUGAGUUUCCAGGCGGCGGCCAGGGUGAUGUCUGUACCAAAGUACGAGGCUCUGAAGCAACUGAGGGACCUCAGCCAGAACUUCCCCAGCAAAGCCAGAUCACUGACAAGAGUGGCUGUAAACCAAGAAAUGAGAAAAGAAAUUGAGGAGAACCAAAAGCGCCUGAGCGAGACCAUGGGUGUCCAUCCUGGAGACGGGGGGCUGUUCAUUAAUGGGCUGCACAUUGAUCUGGAUGUUCACAACCCCUUCAGCAUCUUGGACAUCAUCAGAGGAGAGGCCAGGAUCCUGGAGGGCCUCCAUAACCUGGGCAUCAAGGGAGAGAACCUGGGCAAGCUGCUGAGACUGCCUGUGAGCCCUAUGGAGGACAACUAUGCCUUAGACAUCCGCCACCCAGCCGUGACGUGGGUGAAUGACAUCGAGAACGACUCCAUGUAUCGCAGCUGGCCCUCCAGCCUGCAGGAGCUCCUUAGAGCCACGUUCCCCGGGGUGAUCCGCCAGAUCAGACGCAAUUUCUUCAACCUGGUGCUGUUUCUGGACCCGGUUCAGGAGGACAGCGUCGAACUGGUGAAGCUGGCUGAGCUGUUCUACAAACACAAGAUCCCUCUCAGGAUCGGAUUUGUGUUCGUCGUCAACACGGAGGACGAGGUGGACGGCCUCUCCGACGCCGGGGUCGCCUUUUUCCGACUGCUGAAUUUCGUCGCCGAUGAGUACGACAUGUCUCAGGCUCUAAUGUCUGUGGCCGCGAUGUACAACAAAGUAGACAUCGGCGAGACGCUGUCUGUCGAUACGGUGUCUGCCUACCUGAAAAGGAAAUUUCCCAAAGCCAACGCAGCCAGGAUCCUGGGGGUGGAUUCUGAGUAUGACGACAAAAGAAAGGCAGGAGCCGUGUUCCACAGGAAGAGCGGUCUGGGCGCCCUCCCUCUGGCUCUGUUUAACGGCGUUCCUCUGAGCCCCGAGGAGAUGGACCCUGACGAACUGGAGACCGUCAUCCUGCAGCGCAUCAUGGACGCCACCAACUUCUUCCAGAGAGCUGUCUUCAUGGGUCAGCUGACUGAAGGGACGGAUGUGGUGGACUAUCUGAUGGACCAGCCUAAUGUGGUGUCUCGCGUUAACCCUCUGGUUCUCAGCACCGAUAGAACAUACCUGGACUUCACCGCUUCGCCCGUUGCGGAUGACUGGGAGGACACCACUAUGUUCUCCUACUUGGACUCGAGGGACCAAACGGCCGUCGUCGCCAAGAAGAUGAAGUAUUUCACCAGAAACGAUGAGGACGGGAUCAGCGGAGUGACCGUUUGGAUCGUGGGAGAUUUGGAGACGGCCCCGGGGAGACGGCUGCUUCUCAACGCCAUGAAACACGCGAAGGCCAGUCCUGGAGUCCGUGUAGGCGUGCUUGCUAACCCCGGCAGUAAGCCCAGCGAGGAGAGCACGGUGGUGUACAGGGCUCUCUGGGCCUCGCUCCUCACCCAGAAGAACAAGGUCGCAGCCGAGUUCCUCCACAAGGUCCUCAGAGAGGAGAGCAUUCUGCUCCUCCAGCAAGGCACCAGGAUGAAAGACCUUCUGGUGCAGGGCAUGGACACGGACGCCUUUGAGAAGACGUUCAACACGCUGGAGGUGCACUUGCUCCGCAGCCAGCAGCUCUUCUGUCGGGACGUCCUGAAGCUGAGCCCUGGACGGAGGGCUGUGGUCAGCAACGGCCGGAUUCUUGGACCAUUGGAGGAGGAGGAGGAGUUCACCGUGGAGGAUUUCCAUUUGUUGGAGCAGAUUACCCAGAGCUCCACGGCAGAGAAAGUCAAAGGGAGAAUCAAGCAGAUGGGGAUCAAGGGAAAGCAAGCCAGCGACCUAGUGAUGAAAGUGGACGCCCUCCUCACUGCCGCCCCCAAAGGAGAAGCCAGGAGAGAAGUCCGCUUCGUCAAAGACGGCCACAGCGUGCUCCAUCUCGCUCCUCGCGAAGGCGAAGUGUUCUAUGACGUGGUGGCCCUGCUCGACCCUCUGACCAGGGAGGCCCAGAAGAUGUCCCCUCUGCUGAUUGUGCUCAGUCAAGUGGUCAAUGUGAAACUGCAGGUGUUCAUGAACUGCCGAGCCAAGCUGUCCGAGAUGCCCCUGAAGAGCUUCUAUCGCUAUGUCCUGGAAUCAGACGUGUCGUUCAUGGCCAACGACUCGGUCUCCCCGGGCCCUGUGGCCCGCUUCUCUGAGCUCCCCGAGUCUCCCCUGCUCACCCUCAACAUGAUCACCCCCGACAGCUGGAUGGUGGAGGCCGUCCGCAGCCCCCACGACCUGGACAACAUCCACCUGCAGGAGGUGAGCGGGCUGGUGGCGGCGGAGUACGAGCUGGAGCACCUGCUGCUGGAGGGCCACUGUUACGACCUGUCCACGGGCCAGCCCCCCCGCGGCCUGCAGUUCACCCUGGGCAUGACUCUGCAGCCCCUCAUGCAGGACACCAUCGUCAUGGCCAACCUGGGCUACUUCCAGCUGAAGGCCAAUCCAGGCGCCUGGGUCCUGAGGCUGCGCAAGGGGAGGUCGGAAGACAUCUACCAGAUCCUAGCGCACGACGGGACAGACUCGGCCACAGAAUCCGGCGACGUCCAGGUGGUGUUGAACAGCUUCCACAGCAAGAUCAUCAAAGUCAGGGUGCAGAAAAAGCCUGACAAAAUCAACGAGGACCUGCUGAGCGACGUCGCAGAGAGCCAGGGGAUAUGGGAAUCCAUAACCAGUGUUUGGAGCACUUUUGAGAAAAGCAUCGCGGGGGGGUCCGGUUCAGAGGACGGAGACAAGAAGAAAGAAGAUGUGCUCAACAUCUUCUCUGUGGCCUCUGGUCAUCUGUAUGAGCGCUUCCUGAGAAUAAUGAUGCUGUCCGUCCUGCGGCACACCAGAACCCCCAUCAAGUUCUGGUUCCUCAAGAAUUACCUCUCUCCUUCCUUCAAGGAGUCCAUCCCCCACAUGGCCGCGGUGUAUGGCUUCCAGUAUGAGCUGGUGCAGUACAAGUGGCCUCGCUGGCUCCACCAGCAGACUGAGAAGCAGAGGAUCAUCUGGGGCUACAAGAUCCUCUUCCUGGACGUCCUCUUCCCCCUCGCUGUGGACAAGAUCAUCUUUGUGGACGCCGACCAGAUAGUGCGCGCAGAUCUGACGGAGCUGAGGGAUCUGAACCUGGAGGGCGCCCCCUAUGGCUACACGCCAUUCUGCGACAGCCGGACAGAGAUGGAGGGGUACCGCUUCUGGAAGACGGGCUACUGGGCCUCCCAUCUGGGGCACAGGAAGUACCACAUCAGUGCUCUCUAUGUGGUUGAUCUGAAGAAGUUCCGGAAGAUAGCUGCAGGGGAUAGACUGCGUGGUCAGUACCAAGCCCUGAGCCAGGACCCCAACAGUCUAUCUAACCUGGACCAGGACCUACCCAACAACAUGAUCCACCAGGUGCCCAUCAAGUCCCUCCCCCAGGAGUGGCUUUGGUGCGAGACCUGGUGUGACAACACCUCCAAGGCCACCGCCAAGACCAUCGACCUGUGCAAUAACCCCAAGACCAAGGAGCCGAAGCUAACAGCGGCGGCCCGGAUCGUGCCUGAGUGGGUGGAGUACGACGACGAGAUCAAACGGUUACUGAGCCAGGUGCAGGAGCAGAGGGCCCAGGGUCACACAGGACUGAGCCAGGUGCAGGAGCAGAGGGCCCAGGGUCACACAGGACUGAGCCAGGUGCAGGAGCAGAGGGCCCAGGGUCACACAGGACUGAGCCAGGUGCAGGAGCAGAGGGCCCAGGGUCACACUCAGGAGGAGAAAGGCAGCCUACGGGACGAGCUCUAGCAUCCUCCCCCACCAGGAUGAACAUGGUCUUCCUGUGAAGCUUGAAGAACACCACCGCACAAAGAUGUACAUUUCACUUAGAUUGAAGGGCGUUCUGGAAUGUUUCCACUUGGGAAUUGGGUACAUUUUUUUUGCUGAAAUACAAAGAAGGAACGCAUUUGCGUUUUCUCUCACCAUCAUUUUAAACAUUUUGCAAUAAAUAAAUAUACACAAGUGAAGUGCAGCCUGGUGGCAGAAACAUGACAAUUCUCAUUCAUUCCUGUUAAUUCACAGAAACCCUGAUGGAAAUGUUCCCAUUGUGAAAUAUCCUGGAACUGUACAAACCCAUUUUCCACAAAACUGUCCAAUACAUAUUAAACCACCUCUUUCAGAAGAGGAGGACAGAGAAGCAUAUUGCAUAUUUAAAAAAUCAUGUAGAUUUCAAUUAAUGGGCAUCCAUGUCUCAUGACAGCAUGUGAUGUACUUUUUCCUGCCAUAGAUGCACACUACAUGAAGUACAUUAGAUGGCUUUAUGGCCUUAUUAGAGAUUAGGUAUGAAUGAAGAGCAGCAGGAAAAAUGCAGGGCUAUAUAGGCCAUGAUAGGUGAAAACUGUGGAGUUUGUGAUGGCAAUGAUUGCACUGAUACUGUAGUGUAUGCAAAAUAAUCAAAUCAAGAAGGCACAUUCCUUAGCUGAAUGGCUAUCACAGUGCCAUUAGAAAUGAUCAGGAACCUUAAUUGUAUUGAAAUUUCAUGUGCAAUUCUAAAUCAUGUAUCUGCACACCUUAGAAGGCUUUAGACAUGGAGCCUAUUACAUUGGAAUUGAUGUUAAUUUGUAAGAUGCACUGCUACUGCUUGAGGUUUUUCAUCAGUUUGUUGCCUCUGUUAUUGUACAAAUCAGCAUUUUAGAUAUUAUUUUCUUGCACUAAAAAGUACGUUAAGGACGUAUUUCCAUGCUUUGUGUUAAAAACCUUGCUGUAUUGGAGCUACUGUAAUCACUAAAUAUAACAUGGACAGAGCCCCUCCCCCAAAGCUGUCUGGAUGAGUGCUCAACCCACCAACCAUGUCUCUCUCUCUCUCUCUCUCUGCCUGCCAAGUGAGUCUGUGCGCAGAUCAUGUUCACCUUAGAAUCACAGAGGGAUCUCAGUAUAGGGAAGCAAAUCAGUGACAAGUUUUGAAUUUUAAAAGGCCUUGAAUACUUAAUAUAGAAAUAUAAACACCACCAAAUGUGUUGGUUUAGAAUUCACCUUUUUAAAAUUGAAAUAUGAAUUUAUUUCAAUGUAAAAAUAAAAAUGAGAUCCAACAAUUCAAGGUUUGGAAAAUUCAGGGUUGGGGAUCUGAAUUUUAUUGUUUGAAUUUGAGCAACCUGAAUUUCCGAACUUUGAAUUUUUGGAUCAGAAUUUCUGUUUUACAUUGAAAUAAAUUCAUAUUUCAAUUUUAGAGGUGAAUUCAAAACCAACAAAUUCGGUGGUGUUUAAAUUUCAAUAUUAAGUAUUCGAUGCCUCUUUUUUUUUUCAAAAUAUGUCACAGAUUGCUUCCAUAUCAGUAGUUUGUUAUGCAAAAGGUACAGUAAGUAGAACAUAGGAUUUGACAGGUUACUGAUUUUGUUUACAGGCUGUGUUCAUGUUGGUCAAAGUAUGUUUCACUUGUCAAAAUUGAUUUUGUAAUGCCUUGAAAUGCACAAUAAAACCGCUUUUAUCUCAGGAAUGAAGUAGGUGUUAACCCUUGUGUUAUCUUCGGGUCAUUCUGACCCAUCAGUCAUUGUGACCCACCGUCGUAUUGCGACAACUUUACUGCAUUCAAAAACAAAGUGAAGCAUUUUCUUUUAACCCUUGUGUUAUCUUCGGGUCAUUCUGACCCAUCAGUCAUUGUGACCCACCGUCGUAUUGCGACAGAUUUACCGCAUACAAAGACAAAGUGAAGCAUUUUCUUUUAACUGUUGGGCUGUCUCAGAGCCCCCACAUUGCAAAGGUUAAAAGAAAAUUAUUUUAAUUUGUUUUUGUAUUGGGUAAAAUUGGGUAAACACAACGAUGGUUCGUUAUGAACCUUUGGGUCAUGUGACCCGAAGGCAGCACGAGGGUUAACCGUCGGGCUGUCUCAGACCCCCCACAUUGUGAAGGUUAAAAUAAAAUUAUUUUUAUUUGUUUUUGUAUUGGGUAAACACAACGGUGGUUCGUUAUGAACCUUUGGGUCAUGUGACCCAAAGGCAGCACACGGGUUAAUCCAUGUUUAGAUGUGUGGUGCCAUGUUUCUGCCUUAACAGCUAAUCAAGAAAUGAGAACCAGAAGGUGUAUAAGCUCUUAAGUGUCCAGAGAAUGUUUGUCCUUGUUGCCGUCAUGUCAGGAUUAAUAAAAUGUAUCUUUGCUACC